AUGGACUCGGAGGACGGGCAGCAAUUCGUCAAGAAUUUAGCAUACUUCGUCCGCACCCAUGAGCGAGCACUAGCGAACGCGUUGCAGUCACAGCGUCCGAAACCGAAGAGUGACAAGGAACAGACCGUCGCUGGUGCUGCGAGCAAUGUCACCGAGUCGACGACCAUCUCCCUCUCGCAGGCGCUUUCUCGCCCCUACCCCUACCUCUCCUUCGCAUCCCCGACGCUGAAGCCUGCGAAGCUCACCUUGACUCCGCACCACCUCUUCUACCUGCUCRGCAAAUUCGAAGAUCUCGGGGUCGAUGUUGGUCCCACUACGGUCCGGCUGGAAAACCUGCACAGCGAUGCAGCGCCGUCCAACUACGUGUCCUUCCUUGGACACGCCCCCAAGUCACGCGGCAGGCCGACCGAUGCAGAAUCUCUCCGGUCCGUGUCCAGCGUGCGGAGUGUCAUGUCGAGCAUGUCGUCCGUCUGGUCUACCUUGACGCUAUCGAAUAGCGUUUCAAAAGCUGAGAAGCAGAUGGCACAACAUCGUGAUGAUAUCAAGUACUUGUACUCGUGCUUCACCAAAAUUCCAGCCCUGCGGCUCUCGCCAGACCACAGAGCGAGGCUCAUCUCGGGCUUUGAGGAAUUCCCCUUCGACACUGCAGUCCCGCUGUUUGCCUUCAAGAACGUGAGUUCAUUGGAGAUUUGCGAUCUCGACUUUCGGCAGUUUCAUGGCUGGGACAGGUUGGCAGAGCAGUUGCGAAGUCUGACUGUCAAGCGAGCGGAAGUGGACGAUCCUAUAGACCUACUAUUGAACAUUGUCUUGGACGAUGCGGAGGGUAGAAAGCGUAAGCGUUCGUCCAAAACUCAGGUGCCGACUACGCCAUCCACCCCCGGGAUUCCAUGGGCUGCAGGUAGCCCCAAGAGUAGGCAGAUUGACUUGGCCCGCUCAGUGUCGUCGCCGAACUCCCCAUUGGCCGAGCUUCAACGCAGCUCAGUAGGCAGCCCUCACACAUCAGCCAGAGUAGGCUCCUCUGAUGGCAAGAAAGUCCUCGAGUCGGCAAGACAGCCGAGCAACUCUCCACCAAGGCCAACCACGUCACGACAUGCCUCUGCGCCGAAACCACACCGUACGCCAAAGUUUCGCAGGUCGUCCGGCAGCUCAGGUUCCAGCCAGCAAGAGAUGACGCACAGGCAUAGUUCGUCUGACUUGCUGGCAAUGGGAAUACUGCCUCCAAACAAAUGGCGCUUCCUCCGACAUCUCAGCCUUGCCGAGAACGGCCUAACUUAUCUGACUGUGAGCAGUUUGGCGCCGGUAGCCAGCACUCUACAGUCACUCGAUCUGUCCGGCAAUCUCUUCUCUGAAAUACCGGAUGCGUUGGCCAGUCUUACGGACCUUCGAGCGCUUAAUCUCAGCAACUGUAUGAUCAACAGCCUCUCAUCACUGGCUCGAAACCCAUUACCGGCUAUCACGACGCUCAAUCUCCGUUCGAAUCGACUGCUCUCGUUGGCUGGUAUCGAGAGACUGUUUUCACUGGAGCGGCUAGAUCUACGUGACAACAGGCUGCACGAUCCGACAGAAUUGGCACGACUGACAGGUAUUCCGGACAUCAAGGACCUCUAUUUGAUGAAGAAUCCUUUCACCAGGACCCACAGCGGCUAUAGAGUUACGAUUUUCAAUCUCUUUCGAGAUACCCCAGGGCACAUACACGACAUUUCAAUAGAUUCUCUCGGCCCGAUACACACCGAGAAGAAAGGUCUCCAUGAUCGAACCGCUGAGCCGGCAAACAUACCCGUAGUGAGGGCGCCUUCAGAAGACGAGUCGCAUGAAGCUGUCCAUGAUUUUGGCAAGUCGGGGGCGUCAUCGACGUUUACGCAUCUUCCAGGACACCAACGCCGCUCUACGGUCUCUGAUAUCGAACCAAAAUCCUCCCUUCGACGGAAGAAAGUCUCACGACGAAGAAUAGUGGAGCUUUCACAGGCCGAACAACGAGCAGUGCCUCUCCAAGAAAGAGUGUCCGCAGAACCAGCGGUCCCAGAGCUGACUGAGCUCCCUCCUAUGCUGCACACUCCCACUACUGAAAGCGACCAGCCUACGACACCAGAGGCGAGUGCGUAUCAGAGUGCACCUUCAGCGAAGCUUCCGCAACAGAACCUCGCCGCAAGGCCUAAACUGGACAAGGCCUUCACUCCAACUACCGCUUCCCCCAAGAUAAGAAACUCGUCCGACGAUGACUCUUAUCCUAUGCGAGUGCCAGAGGACGCUGGCACCAAUUCAGACGUCUAUCGGCAGAAGAUGGAGGCGAUGAAGAACGAGCUAGGGCCCAAUUGGCUCGCGAUUUUGAAUGAGGAACGGUUCGCAGAGGAGACCCGAGCCAGGAAUCGCAGCUACAGCCCGGCUUCACGACCAGCCGCGGUGCGGCCUGAAAUGGCAUCUCGAGGCGUCAGCGUCGGCGUAGGCGGACGCACACUGGGUUGA